AUGGUGAUAGAAGAAUGCAAAAUAAUAGAAAUAAAAGAAAAAUCAUUAAAAAGAGCAGCAAGGUACAAAGAGAAAGCCCUAGAAUCAAAAAAGGAAUUAGUAAAGGAGUGUAUAAAGGAAAGAGAGAGAGAAUGGGGGAAUGGUCAGCAAGGGAAAAGAGAAAGAAAGAGAAAGAAGGGACUAGAAGAGGUGAGAAAAGGAGGGACGCAGAUAGAAACAGGAGAAGAGCAAGAAAGGAUGACAGCAGACCAAAUUAUAGAAGAAAGAAGAAAGAGAGAAGCAGAAGAGAGGGGGAAAAGGAUAAGGGAAUCCAAGUAUAAUAUACACUACAGAAACAUAGCCAAAGAAAAAUUACCAAAGUACUUAGAAGGGAGGAUGAAGUGGAAGGACGGAAGAAUACUGGCAAGAUUUAGAUGCAGAAACGAGACCAAAGCAAGGGAAUACUGGAAAGAACAGGGAGGAAAAAGAUGCAGACUAUGCAGAAGGAAAGAAGAAGACCUAAGACAUGUAAUAAAAGAAUGUGAAAUAACGGGAGGAUCAAAGGACAUAGGAAAACCGCUAAACGAGACUGGAGAAGGUUUAGCAAAAUUGAAAGCAAUAAUAAAGAAGAGAAACGACAAGAAGGAGGCACAGCAAGGAGACUAA